CUCACAACUCCCUCCCAUUCCUCACACUGAAGCAAUCCAGAUUCUCUGAAGAGUAAAUUCUCAUUUUCAAUGGCACCAAAGGCGGAGAAAAAGCCAGCUGAGAAGAAGCCCGCUGCCGAGAAGGCUCCGGCGGCGGAGAAGUCCCCGGCGGAGAAGAAGCCCAAGGCCGGGAAGAAGCUUCCGAAGGAAGGCGCCGCCGCCGCGGGUGACAAGAAGAAGAAGCGGAUGAAGAAGAGCACGGAGACGUACAAGAUUUACAUCUUCAAGGUGCUGAAGCAGGUCCACCCUGACAUCGGGAUUUCGAGCAAGGCCAUGGGGAUCAUGAACAGCUUCAUCAACGAUAUCUUCGAGAAAUUGGCGCAGGAGGCGUCGCGGCUCGCACGUUACAACAAGAAGCCGACGAUUACAUCUCGCGAGAUCCAGACCGCCGUGAGGCUGGUGUUGCCCGGCGAGCUGGCCAAGCACGCUGUUUCUGAAGGAACAAAGGCCGUAACUAAAUUCACCAGUUCUUGAGGAGUAUGGUCUCCUUUUUCUUUUUAAUCAGAAAAAAGAAUAAUUUUACUAUUUUUCCCUUUGUUGUAGUUAGGCUGCUGUAGGGUUUAAAGGUGGGGCUUUACUGUUAAGAGUCUUCCAGUAGAUCAUCCAUGUAAACAUCACUUUUCUCUUCUAGUGAAUACUAUCUCCGUUUCUUUUACAUAA